AUGCUGGACGGCCUGAAGGUGGAGGAGAGCUUCCCAGGCGCGAUGGAGACGCCGGCCGCCUUCUCCUCGCUGCUGGGCCGGGCGGCGAGCCCCAGGUCGGUGUGCGAGGGCUGCCAGCGGGUCAUCUCGGACCGGUUUCUGCUGCGGCUCAACGACAGCUUCUGGCAUGAGCAGUGCGUGCAGUGCGCCUCCUGCAAGGAGCCCCUGGAGACCACCUGCUUCUACCGCGACCGAAAGCUCUACUGCAAGUUCGACUACGAGAAGCUGUUCGCUGUCAAAUGCGGGGGCUGCUUCGAGGCCAUCGCCCCCAACGAGUUUGUGAUGCGGGCCCAGAAGAGCGUGUACCACCUGGGCUGCUUCUGCUGCUGCGUGUGCGAGCGGCAGCUCCAGAAGGGGGACGAGUUCGUGCUGAAGGAGGGCCAGCUGCUCUGCAAAGGCGACUACGAGAAGGAGCGGGAGCUGCUCAGCCUGGUGAGCCCGGCCGUGUCCGACUCGGGCAAAAGUGACGACGAAGACAGUCUCUGCAAGGCCGCCCACGGGGCAGGGAAAGGAGCGGCCGAGGACGGCAAGGACCACAAGCGCCCCAAACGGCCCCGAACCAUCCUGACCACCCAGCAGAGGAGGGCGUUCAAGGCCUCGUUUGAGGUGUCGUCCAAGCCGUGCAGAAAGGUGAGGGAGACGCUGGCUGCAGAGACCGGGCUGAGCGUCCGUGUGGUCCAGGUGUGGUUCCAGAACCAGCGAGCCAAGAUGAAGAAGCUGGCCCGGCGGCAGCAGCAGCAGCAGGACCAGCAGAACACGCAGCGGCUGAGCUCGGCUCAGACCAACGGCGGCGGGAGCACCGGGCUGGAAGGCAUCAUGAGCCCUUACACGGCCCUGCCCACCCCGCAGCAGCUGCUGGCCAUGGAGCAGGGCGUGUACAGCGCAGACCCCUUCCGGCAGGGCCUCACCCCGCCCCAGAUGCCUGGAGACCACAUGCAUCCCUAUGGUGCCGAGCCCCUUUUCCACGACCUGGAUAGUGACGACACCUCCCUCAGUAACCUGGGUGACUGUUUCCUAGCAACCUCGGAAGCCGGGCCCCUGCAGUCCAGAGUGGGGAACCCCAUUGACCACCUGUACUCCAUGCAGAAUUCUUACUUCACCUCUUGA